AUGAAGGUGCCAAAGACUAUCACUUACAAUAGUCUUGUUGAUCAAUUGUAUACUUUAAUCAGAGCUGACAAGUCUCGUAUUGAUCUUGACUUAAAUGUAAUCUAUCAUUUUGGAAGUAAAGGUAUCCCUCCAUCUUUGAUUAGUAAUGAUGAUGAUGUUGCUUUUUUUCUUGAUGAGAUAGGAACAUCUAUCAAUCAUCGGACACCCCUAUGUGUGUCUACUAUAGAUAAUAGAAGUAAUGAUCCUUUGGUUACUAAAACGCGUGAGUUGUAUACUAUUCCUCCAGUUGAAACCAAAGUGAAUGAUGAUUUUUGCAUUGAUGGCAAUGAAGACAGUUGUGAUGAUGAUAACAGCAAUGCAUUAAGCUCAGAUGAUAAUGAAAAUAUUGAUAGGCCUACCUGCAGUGAUGUACUUGUGAAACAUAAUUUACAACAGUCAACCUACAAUGAAGUAUUGAAGCGCCAUGAUUCCUCAAACAAUAGAGGGGAAAGAGGCUCUACUUCAGCCUCAACGACUCAAUUACUGACAUCUUCUUCGAGUAUCAAUUCGUGGGAAAUAAAAGAUGGUCAAAUAUUUGAGAAGAAGCAAGAGUUGAAGAUGAAACUCCAUCUUUAUGCAUUAAAGAAAAACUUUGAGUUUAAAGUAAAUAAGUCUGCAAAAAAUAUAUGGUGUACAAUAUGUGUUGAUGAUAAAUGCAAAUGGAGGUUGAGGGCUACAAAAUUGGUUAAUUCCGAUAUGUUCGAGGUUCAUAAAUUUUUCGGUGAACACACAUGCUCAUUGGGUGUUCAACAUAAAGAUCACCGUCAGGCAUCCCCAUGGCUUAUUGGACAUGUCAUAAGGAGAAAAUUUGAGGGUGAUGAUGUUAAUUACAAGCCAAGGUCAAUUGUAAAAGAUACGAGUUUAUCAUAUGGAGUUCAUAUGAGCUAUGCUAAAGCUUGGAGGUGUCGAGAGCAUGCAUUGGCUUACAAAAGAGGUACACCAAAAUCAUCAUUUCAAAAACUUCCCUCAUUUCUAUACAUGAUGGAGCAAAAAAAUCCUAGAACUGUUACUCAUUUGCAGAUGGACAAUGAAGCAAGUACUCCAGAUGUUUGA